AUGUAAGAUUAAGUUGUUAAACCCAUCUUUUUGUCUGUGAAUCAAUUGACUGAACUAUUCAAUAAUUCUCAACAAGAGUCUUCAAUUUUAGAUGAUCAUCAAAAUUACAAUAACUAUUUUCUAACCUAAGAUUCAUUUGUUGACAUUCCUCUUGAGUUUAGUUUUUAAGCUUUACAUCUAAUAAAUUCCCAAAAUACUAUAAAAGAUAUUUAAAAUAAUGAGAAACAUAAUACCAAUGUUUUAGUUAGCAAUGAAUUAUAUUAAUAGAUAAUGUUGAAAAUGGAAUAGAAUAGAUGUUUAAGUGAAUAAUAUUAAUAAAUGAUAAGAGAGAAUUAAGAAUAAAUAUUAAAACGAAAAAAAAUAGAAGAUUAGAAUGCUGAAAUGUUGGAUUAAAAUUUUUAAAUCAAGAGAGAAAUAUUCGAAAUGUAACAAAAAUUAAUGAUUUGUUAAAGUGCCAUACCAUUAAGAAAAGAUAAACAAAUAAUUGAAUUAAAAAAUCAAUAUAAAGAGCUUUAAGCAAAAUUAGCAGAAAAGCGAGACACAUAAUAAUCAACAAUUCCAACUGAAAAUAGCACAGUUGACUCUGAUAAAUCAAAUUCAUAUUAUUGUAAUACAAGUAGAUUAGUAAAAUUGGAUCAAAGUUCUUCUCAACAUUAAUCAAAGAAACCUUAUAGAAGUAGAAACAAUUCAUUUAUUAAAAUCGUUAAAAAUUGA